AUGGCGCUGGUCCUUUACGUCACGGUGGCUCUAGUGUCUGCUUUCCUGUGGCCGAGUCUGUGUGGUUCUCUCACGGAAGAUGAGAUUCUUCAAGGGCUGGAGACGAACAUGAACAGUCCAGAGGUGAUAAACACCAGACUGACGCAGCAUCUCAUCGCACGUUACCAGGUCGACCAUCGCCUGCAGUGCUCGCAGCUCUGCUAUCUAACCAGAGACUGUCAGUCCUACAACUAUCACGAAGAUGAAGGCGUCUGUGAGCUGAACGACCAGACUUACAUCCAAGGUCUCGUCAGUUUUUCCUUCACGACUGGGCAGGAUCCCGGCUGGGACUACUACGAACGACACUCGUUCUACAUGAUAAGGGCGUGGUGGUACGAGUGUCCCGGGUCCAGCCCGUGCCAGAAUGGCGGAGUGUGCACCCGGAAGGUCCUGGGCGGUUCGGGGGGAGAGCGGCAGCCGUGCACUCAUCUCUGCGUCUGUCCUGUGGGCUACUCCGGUCCUCAUUGCAGCAUUCGAGACUGCCAGGUAGGCAAUGGAGCGUCCUUCCGAGGAAAAGUCACCGUUACGAACACAGGCAGGAUCUGUCAACGCUGGGACAGCCAGACGCCACACGGGCACGGGAGAACUCCCUCGGGGUAUCCGUCAUCCGGACUGGAGCGGAACUACUGCCGGAAUCCGGACGGCGAGUCCGGAGUUUGGUGCUACACCACGGAUCCGGGGAGGAGAUGGGAGCUGUGUGACGUGCCGCAGUGUUAGUUAGUUAAAGCUAGUUCAAGCCCUCUCGCAACCAUAAGCAUGGUCGCAUAUGGCGGCGCCUUUCUCCGUUUCAUAUACACACAGUUGUAUAAUCACUACAGCGGGGUAGUGGUGUGUGUUUAACUCCAAUACUCGUUCUCAGUCUCUACAGUCGAGGCUGAGGAGUGACUGACAAAUGACUGACAAAAGAGUUCUGAUAUAUAUUCUAUUGUGUCUGAAUGUAUUGUUAAAACCAAAAGACGGGAAGUUGACAAAUCUCUUACAGCUAGCUUGAAGAACACACACAAAA